AUGAAUGAGAUGAUGACGUGGAAGCGUGAUGAGGUUGUUAGAGAUAGAGAUGAGUUGAAAGUGGAGGAGGAGCUUGUUAAGUCUAGGAAUGAAGCUAGGGAGGAGAUGGAUCAACGGAACUAUGAGAUAGCUAUUGAGGUUUCUCAGUUGGAGUCAAGGAUUAGUGAUUUGAGGUUAGAGGUUGCGGAGAAGGCUUCUGUUGUUGAUGAUUUAGAGAGUGAUGUGAGUGGGAAAGAUAAGAUGAUUGGUGAGUUAGAGGAGGUGAGUCUAUUAGAAGGUGAAGUUGUGGAGAUGAAGCAGUUGGUUGAUGAGUAUGAUGGGAAGUUGAAGACUAUGAAGGUGAAGAUGGUAGCUCAGCGUCCUUUGUUGGUGAAACAACUGAAUCUUGUGGUGAAGAUACAUGAGCAGCUUUACGAGGUUGUGAGGAUAGUUGAUGUAAAUAGUUCGGUAGAGUUGGAUUUUUCUGAGUCUUUCUUUAUGCGUCAAGAGGCAGAGAUGGAGGAGAAUGUUCGAGCUUCUUUGGCAGGAAUGGAAUCUAUCUUCGAACUGACGAAAGUGGUUUUUUGGGAAGAUGCAGAGUUUGGUGGAAGAGAAGAGCAAUGAAGUGAAGAAUUUGAAUGAAACUGUGGGUAUAUUAGUUCAAGAGAAGGAACAUAUUGGUACUUUACUGAGGAGGGCUUUGUCCAAAAGAAUGAUAACAGAGCAGGCAUCCGAAAAAAGCG